AAAAAUAUUUGUAUGCAAAGAACUAAAACAAAACAAUUUUUGUUGCACCUCUUAAUUUAAGAACACAAAGCAACAGAGUAUAUGCAUAAUUAAUAUAUUUAUUGAUAAAGAAUAUCAAAAAUGAGAAGCAAUCGGUAUUUACAGAAGGUACUGUUACACGAUGCUGAAUUAGCUUCAGUGAGAACAUAGCACAGAAUCGGAACUCGAUCGAGGUCGAGCGUCAGAAAUCGAUCGUUGCAUUUUCGACGUCCUUCCCUUUUCUUAAAGAGGAAUUUAGCAACUACAAUGAACAUUUCGUCAGGAAAAAAUGAACAACAAUCGAUAAAGAAAUUAUUGAUCGAUUUUUCAUUGUAAUAUUCCGGCAUUUAUAGGAAUAUAUGUUUAUGUGUAAGCAAACCAAAACAUCAAUGACCUUGAAAGAGAAACAAUCACGUGACUGUGAAAGAGCAUAAGGAUUGGAUAGUCAAGGCGCAUAUAAUGUGUAUUGCGCCGUGCGCGCCCUAUGUCCCGCAUUCCGUGUCCGAUAGAUGGUAGAGGUUUAGCGGGGAAGAGGGGUGAAAGACAGACUACGCGACGGCUACGACGACGACGACGAGGACGACGAGAAAGACGAGAAAGACGAGAGAGAGUGUGCCGCUGUUCGCCCGUAUGUCCGUCUGUGUGUGCGCGCGCGUAGCUCGGUUGUGUUGUCCAAGAUGAAGUCCGACUCUAAACCUUUGUUGACAGCUCAGGCGGAAAAGGCGAAUCAUUACACAUACUUGAAGGAAUUUCGCGUCGAACAAUGUCCCCUCUUUAUACAGCGCAAAUGCACACAGCACCGACCCUUCACGUGCUUCAACUGGCACUUUAUGAACCAGCGGAGGCGCAGGCCGGUGAGAAAGAGGGACCGCACCUUCAACUAUAGCGCCGAUAAUUAUUGCACCAAGUACGACGAGACCACCGGCAUAUGUCCAGAUGGAGACGAGUGUCCGUUCCUACACCGCACUGCUGGCGACACAGAAAGACGUUACCAUCUACGUUAUUAUAAAACAUGCAUGUGUGUCCAUGAUACAGACACACGUGGAUUCUGUGUUAAGAAUGGUCCUCACUGUGCCUUUGCACAUGGCAAUCAUGAUCUUCGUCCACCUGUCUAUGACAUUAAAGAGAUACAGGCAUUGGAAAAUCCUGAUUCUGAUCCUAAUUCAUCAUCUAAUGGACCAAACAUACUUGAUAAAGAACGGAAUUUGAUGAACGAAGAUCCAAAAUGGCAGGAUACAAAUUAUGUACUCAGUAAUUAUAAAACAGAACCUUGCAAACGUCCACCAAGACUUUGCCGUCAGGGUUAUGCUUGCCCACAAUAUCACAAUAGUAAAGAUAAAAGGCGUAGUCCUCGCAAGUACAAGUACAGAUCAACACCGUGUCCUAAUGUAAAACAUGGCGAAGAAUGGGGUGAACCAGGCAAUUGUGAACAGGGAGAUGCUUGUACAUAUUGUCAUACACGUACGGAGCAACAAUUCCAUCCUGAAAUAUACAAAUCUACAAAGUGCAAUGAUGUUCAACAAGCUGGAUAUUGUCCGCGCGGAGUCUUCUGUGCUUUUGCACAUGUUGACCGUGAGUGUACCCUCAUAAACCUGUUGCCAACAGAAGAAAUGAGCCUGGCGAGGGACAUGGCGGUACCUAUAGAUUGUGGCACCAAUCUGGCAGACAUUCUAAGUAAUGCGCUUCCACCUGAUAAGCGCUCUCAUGAAAAAGAUAAACCACUUAGCGAUAGUAGUAAUGGAAGUGGUGAAGUAUCAGAAUCAGCAAGUACUAGUAGCGUUGGCAGCAACAGUUCACAUAGUAAAGCCCCUGGUGCUCAACUUCAUAAUUCCAAUUCCAAUAGCACUGUAAACACUUCCAAUCAACAAAAGUUAACAAGCAUACUUUAUAAUCCUAGUUCUCUUUUGCAAGUUGGUGAAAUACGAAAACAAAUGGUUGCUAUAGACAGUGAUCCUUUAUUAACGAAAGCAGAGAAAGCUCAGCAGAAACAAAGUCUAUACAUUGCAUAUAGUUUGAAUGGAACAUUAGGCAGUCAUUCAUUAGCAACUACAGUCUCACCACUUUCGAGUUCAUUUUAUCCAAAUGAUACUGUGGAAUCUGUAGUAGGAAAUGCAUUAGAUGAGUUACAUCUAGAUGAUCCCCUAAAUUUAGUAGAAUCAAUUCACAGGGAUACUAAUUCACCAAUUAGCAAUUCAAUAUCAGCAGGCCUAGCAAGUUCUGGACUAUUAGGAAGCUCAGCGCCAGUUAAUAUUCCUGGAAUGAAUGAACGUUCCGUACUUACAAAUUUUUCACCAUCAACAUCCAGUCCACUUCAACAUUUACAUUCGACUGGUUUUCUUACGGGGUCCAGAUUUUCUCAUCAGGAUUCGAUAGAAUCGACAAUGCCAUUUAUGAAUCAAGUAUCAGAUCCAUUUAGCAAUCAUAUUUCACAACUUAGCAGUUCAGCUUCUAAACUUAGCGGAUUUAAUAGUAGUUUAUUUGAUUUUACAAAUCAAGGAAUGUCUCCAUCUCGUACUCAACCUCUCCCAGCAUCUCCAUUGGUUAAUGCAUUUUCCGUUAGUCCUAGUAACACAGGAUCUUUAUCUGAGGUACAAAGGCUCAGGGAAGAAUUAACAUCAAGUCGUGCCCAACUAGCAACAUGGGACGAACGUAUUAAUCAAGCUAGAGCUGCUUGUGCUGCUUGGCAAUUAGAAAGUGAGGAAGCUAAAAGAAAAGCAAGUAUUGCAGAACAGCAAAGGGAUGAAGCCUUGUUGCAAGUGAAAGCAUUAAGGGUAGAAAAUGAAGCGUCUAGUGGUGGACCAUACCUUCACACAUUGAGAAGAACAAGUGAGCUCAGAUCAUUAUCGAUAGCCGCAUUAAAAUCAAUUCAAUCACAGCUCCGUUUGGAUCUCGAAGAAGUAGAAAAGGUGCUGUACAGAGAAACGGCAACAAAGUGCAUGGUUUGCGAAGAACAAAAUCGCACUGUUACCCUCUCACCCUGUAACCACUACGUGGUCUGCUCGACGUGCGCUCCAAAUCAACGAGAGUGCCCGUACUGCCAGACUCCGGUUGUCUCUACAAGUUAGGUCCGAAUAUUUUGUUAGAACGCCCGUUGUUAUAAUCUCCGCUCAUUCUCAGUAACCAGGACAAAUAUCCUCAGAAUUCUAAUGUGAGUAGUACUAGAAUUUCCAAGUGAAUUCUUGGUACUUUAAAUGCGAUGGUAUGUAAAAUGAACAAUUAAAACAAUUUGUACCAAGGUACAUAUACGAUCGCAAUAGAGAGAAGAAAAAUGAAAAGAAAACAAAUUUAUUCAAAUAUAUAAUUUGACUAUCGCCAAAGUGAAUAUGGAUGUGAUAAGACUUCGUGUACGUAGUCUAUUUGUCAUACAUUUUUGUGUCAACAGUCACGCUGCUAUAUAACUGUUUAUAAAGAUUCAGAUAUCACAUCCUUUAUAUUAAGAACACAUAUUAAUGAUCUUGGAAUGAAGAACUAUUUAAUAUAUAAUACAAGAUACAUUUAUUAGCAGGGUGCUAGCUAAAUAGUUAGCAUUUAAUAACACAUAUGUGUACCAGUUACACAAAUUUGUAGCUUGAAGGAAAAGAAAAAACAAUAUAAUCAUAAAUGAUGGACAAAGUUUUGG